UCACAUGUUGUUUAAAUUGUGUCGAUGUCUGUACGAUGCUGUUAGACCACUGAUAAUUCAUAUUAAUCAUAUUGAAAUACUAUCUGAACUGUGUGAUAUAUUAAAAUAUGAAUUACUUCAUCACGAUAAUCCUAAAACCAAUUCAUCAGAUAUGGUAGCAUUCAAUGAUCUAUGUGAAAUGUUAUUGGCUGAUAUUCAAGAACGGUUGAUAUUUCGGGCACAUAUAUAUGUUAAAUCACAAAUCCUUGGCUUUCUUCCAAGCCCUGGAGAUCUUUCUUAUCCAGAAAAACUGGAAAUGAUGGAUGACAUUGCAAAAAGUGUUUCAAAACCUGUAGAUCCAAGAAGCUCACCUGAUGAAAGUAACGACCCCGAGAAACCGGAAACAGAAAUCACAUCAACUGUAUCCUCCGUAGCUUGUCCAGGCAAUCAGCCCACGAUGUCUGAUUUGGCAGUUCAACCGGGACCUAACAUGUCUCUUGCUCCAGCUGAUUUGCAUGGUAUGUGGUAUCCAACAGUACGGCGUACCUUGGUGUGUCUUUCAAAACUUAGUCGUUGCUUAGAAACAGAUUCUUUUCGUGGUUUAGCCCAAGAAUGUGUGUCGAUGUGUGUUCAGUCGUUGGUUAAAGCAAGUGACUCAAUCAGUCUCCGUCGGACAGCACUCGACGGUCAAUUAUUUCUUAUCAAACAUCUUCUUAUACUUCGUGAACAGAUGGCACCGUUCAGCAUAGAAUUUCUAGUCAAAGAAACUAGUUUGGACUUCUCUCCAUACAAAAAUGUAGCACGUAAUAUUUGGGAACAUAAAGGGACUGGUUUGUUUUCACUUAGUCGACAAAACGCACUGUUACGUUUCUUAUUGGAAACUCCGAAUGCUGUAGAUGUUGAAGUCGAUUCAAGGCGUGAAUUGGAUAGUCAAUUGAAAUAUACUUGUGAACUACUUAUUGAACAACAAGUAAUGCAAUUGACAGGUGAAAUAUCAAAUUUCCUUAAACGGAACUACCUGACUAUGCAGAAUCACCUUUGAUUGGUUUAUCAUAGAUAACCUUGGAUAUUGUCGAUUCUUGCUUACGAUUACUUCCAUAAAGCUAUUAACACGGAAUAUUAAAAUGUCAGUAGAAACAACCUUCCUUGUUUUCCAUUCAUUGAGAAAUUCGAAUACCAAGAUACUGAACACCACCAUUAUCUCAUUGGUUGCAAUUAGUGUUUUCAUUCAUCGUUAAUGCAACUGUGAAAGUUUUGUCGAUGAUGAGAUUUUUGGAAUCGUUUAUGCUAUAUCAAUUUUGUUUUCUCAAACCAAUGAGUUUUUCUGUUAAUUUUUGCAGUUAAUCAGUCAUCUUUAACUUCGAAUCAUUUUCACUAUUCGUAUAAAUUAUGAUACCUUUUUUGUUAUUUCAAACCGGUUCUAUCGCGGUUAAUGACUGAAGCACUUAAAAUAUGUGAUAAUCUUGGAUGGUUCUGUAGAUCAUUUGAUAAUGUGUUUUUUCAGGCUCAUUCGGUCCUCGCUGCUCCAGGUGUUCGUCUUAGUGAUCAGUCAUUUGCAAAUGCAUCAUACAUGAAAGAUAUCAUUGCAAAUGCACACCGAUUGCUUUGCAUAACUCUUGGUCGGAGCUCAAGUUCAAAUCGUCCUGAUGCAGGGAAACAUGCUGUAACUAAUCUUAGAAAAUGCUUACACAUUUAUUUGGCCAAUCCAGAUACAGAGAACAUUUUACUACGUCGUAUUCAAUCGGGUGUUCUAUUGCAGUGGAGAUCAAUUUACCAAUUACUAACUGAUCAUUAUACUGAUGAAGAUCGUAUGAUAGUUGGUUGUCCAACUGAAAGCCAAAUUCGACUUUUGUUCCAAGACGUUUGGAUUCGUUGACCUACAGGAAUGAAAUUAUUUCACCUUCAUCGUAACUUUUGCCUUAUGUAAUUUGCAAUUUUCUGAUUUUUCUACAUGGUUACUUUUAGUGUGAAAUGCAUGGAAAUACCUUUUUCUUGUAACCAAACUAGUUUACUUUUUAUGGAUAAACUUCAACAAAUGUAAGUGAACAAUUUCUGUGAUAAUUUUCAACACAUUAAACAAAAGCAGUUGACAGAGCUGUAGAAUAUCUCUGUUAUUGGUUUUUUUAAAAAUUUGUCAAGCGAGUGGAAUGUAUGAAGUUUUCAACAAGGCAUUUCCGUACAAAAUCAGUCAGGUCGCUGAAUCAUCUAGUGAGUUUACACUGGAGAAGAACGAGAUACUGAUAUGGAAUUAUAUUUAAUUAGUAUUGUCUGCAAACGUUUGCUUUCCGCGUAAGUUACUCAAACUAGUUUGAUCAUGUAAAUUUCCUUCUACUCAGCAAACUUUGCGUCGUCUUGCCAAAACGCAUAUCGAGUCAUCACAGAAAUGUAUAUUGAUUUUCCGAGUAAAACACGUAUUUAACAGUCUUAGUAUCCUCCAUCAAAUACAGUCAACUUCGUAACGGUUUCAUGAGACUAUCACCAGUGUUUAC